GCACUAACAUUCAAUGUGGAAUCAUUUAUUACUAAGAUUACAAAGCAUGGCUAUAAAUACACAGCCCAUAAAGUGGGGCGAAGUACAAGUGCAGUAAAACUAAACAUGAUCCGAGAGUCCAAGGGAGGAUAUCCAAGGGUCCCCCAAAUAUUAUAUUUCUAUUUGAAGUAAGGAUAGAGAACGUUCGAAAACCCUUUUUAAUCAGGUAUAAACACUGUACUUAAUGCCAUUUCUGCAAUUCGUCGCUCUGUAACCACAAGAGGCCGCCAAGGCUUCUGGGUGCAAACUCUGUGGCUGCUGCUUCCUGUGGCGUCGGUCCGUCAAAGAGGUCUCACUCUGCUCUAAAUUAAGAGGACAAUUAACCUGAAACGAUUAACGAUUAACCUGUCGAUGAAACAAAAUGCUGUCUUAACAAAAAGAAAUGAAUACACACUGCAGUCGUUAAAUAGAAAAUAUGUCAAUCAAAGAAACAAUUAUUCAAUCAAACUUUAUUUUAGACUUAUCCCAGUGAGCAUUUUUGGUUGAAAAGAAUCGUCUACGAUUAGACGUUGGAAAAAACUAUUCAACGUCUUUUCAACUAAAAAAUGCUCACUGCUAGCAGGUGGGAGACUCGGUGAUAGAUGAUCUUUGUGACCCUCCAGCAGCUCUACCUUUGGCGUUGCCAUGUACAGUGUCCCCCGUGCGCUGUCCUCGGGGUCCGAAGAAGACGUUUGAACCGCGUAGCACCGACAGCUCUACAAACGGGAACCCGCGGAAGGACGUCAAGGAGCCGAAGCACCGCCAUUACGCGGUCAUCGCUAACGGUGUUCCGGUAGCGCUACACACAGGCGGGGAUGUCCUCCUCCGCCGUACGAGAUACCGUCAAAAAGAAGCACGUUCGUUUCGCCAGCAUGGAGGACAACGACAACGACGACGACAACAACGACCAGGAGGAGGACACCUUGUUCGACAAGGGGAAGGAUACCGGGAGCGGGCUGAGGAGCGCGCUGAAGGCCGUCAAGAAGCGAGCGAAGCCCGGGAGCGACGGGCCGGUGGAGGUGGAGGUGGUCGGCGGAGGACGGGGCGGGAAAGGAGCCGCCUGGAUGGUCACCCUGGUGCUCUGUGCAUCAUUUCUGGGCUUGGGGAUGAGCAUCUCUGUCCUCGGCCCCACGUUCGAGGACCUGGCUGUGAAUGUGAAACGGAACAUCAGCAACAUUUCCUACAUCUUUGUUGGUCGCUCGGCGGGCUACAUUGGGGGUUCCCUCUUUGGAGGACUUCUCUUCGACUACAUGAACCCCCACCUCCUGCUAGGCUUUUCCAUGCUGAUGACGUCCGUUGGAAUGUGUGUCAUCCCCUUCUGUAAGCAGGCUCUGCUGCUCACUGGGCUCAUGUCCAGCAUCGGCAUAUCGAUGGGUAUUCUAGAUACAGGUGGCAACGUCCUCAUCCUGAACACAUGGGAGGAGCAGGCGGGGCCUCACAUGCAGGCGUUGCACUUCAGCUUUGCGGCCGGGGCCUUUGCCUCUCCGAUCAUCGCCAAGCUGCUGUUUGGGCCUGACGGCAACAGCAGCACGGUAAUCGCACCGAGCAACUCCAACUCCACGCCUCAUGCCCCCGGGGAGCCCGUCCACAGCAAGAGCAGCACCUUCAAAUCCAUGUGGGCCUAUGUGGUGAUCGGCUCUUACAUCUGCCUCGUCUCCUUCCUCUUCUUCGUCCUUUACUGUCGCAGUGGCGCGGCGCGUGACCGGGCCAGGGCGUCGGCGGCGAAGCCACUGGUUGCCAAACAUCACGUGGCUCUUAUUGCCCUGCUCUGCUUCUUCUUCUUCUCCUACGUAGGUGCCGAGGUGGCUUACGGCUCCUUCAUCUUCACCUUCGCCAAGGACUACGCCCGCAUGAACCCGUCUGAGGCGGCCGGGCUGAAUUCAUGGUUCUGGGCGGCAUUUGCCACGUGCAGGGGGCUGGCCAUCUUCUUUGCGACCUGCAUGCACCCGGGAACAAUGAUCCUGCUCAGCCUGGUGGGCUCCACCCUGUCCUCUCUGCUGCUCUGCCUCUUCAGCAGGGACAGGGUGGCUCUGUGGGUCGGCACCGGUCUGUACGGGGCCUCCAUGGCCACCACCUUCCCCAGCGGCAUUUCCUGGGUGGAGCAGUACACCACGGUGACGGGCCGAACGGCGUCCGCCUUCGUGGUGGGGGCAGCGUUGGGCGAGAUGGUGCUUCCCGCUCUUGUUGGCUUCCUACUAGGGAAGUUCCACGACCAACCCCUGCUCAUGUACCUGUCGCUCAUCACUGCCACCUUUACCUCCAUCCUCUUCCCAGUCAUGUACAAGCUGGCCUCUGCCCCGAGCAGCCUGAGCAGGAAGCCCCGCCCCAGGGGCCGGCCCGAUGCCGACGACAGCGAAGCCCGCCAGGCGCUGCUGGACUUGGUGGCCGAUGAAGAGGAGGAGGAGGAGAACAACGAGGCUGACCAGUGGAACGACGCAGACUUUGAGGUCAUCGAAAUGGACGAUGCAGCAUGUCUCAUCAACUCGCCCAGCAAGGCGUCCUCUCCUCCUCACAGCACUGUUCCAACAGAGAGCACCCAGGAGACAGAGCCAGCUGGAGCUGCUCACUCAGAUACCCCCCCUUUAGUUGGCGACUCCCCCAGAAGCAAACUGCUGCUCUCUCUGGACCAAGAGAAGAGGGACUGAAACAUUCGGAGAGCUUUUUGUCCCUCACUAGAAGAGCCAUCGUGUGUGUGUGUGUGUGUGUGUGUGUGUGUGUGUGUGUGAGCUGAAUGAAACGAUGACCAAAGCCUGUGCAGCUUUUUCAGCAUCCAUGCAGCGUGUCGACCGAACGGCGGGGUCAUUGGUGCUGAAGGAUUUUGAUCUCCUCUGCUACAGUUAGUAUAAUAAAAUAAGUCAGAUUCCCCACAAUUCAAUUCAUUUUAUUUUGUAAAGCCCAAAAUCGUAAAUUACAAAUUUGCCUCAGAGGGCUUCACAGUCUGUACACAUGCAACAUCCUCUCACAUCGGCACAGGAAAAACUCCCCAAAAGACAAGGAUUUAUGGGUCUGCUGGCUUCCCUCACAAACAGGCUCCCAGUGCCUUGCUGGAGGACACAUGGGCAGAGUGGAUGAGAUGAACUAUUGCACCCUGCUGUCAAUCAUUGUGCGCUGUGGCAGCAGAAGGAUCAAAGGGUGAUUCGUUUUUGUUGCACUUGACAAGUUUUGUUUUUAUGUGGCUUGUGGAUCUCUGAAUCAAGUGUCCAAUGUCAUUCAAUAUCAAGUCACUGACUGAUGUUACAUUGACUUUAUUAUAUCAAUCUCAAACCUCCACCCACAGCAAUGUCUAUUAAAAACAAACAAAAACAC